AGGUACACCGGAAAAAGUACUUUUUAUCCCGAAAACUUGUUCCAAAUACCGAUACUGAGUGGAGAAGCAGAUCUGACAAAAAGAGAAAGAAACUUUGUUUUUGUCUUUAUAUAAGAUUGUAUUCACUUGAAACUAUGCGAUUGAAUCACCACGGGUGAUCAAGUAAACUGUUCGAGAUUUUAACCCAUCAUAGAACAUUAAUUGGAAGGCAUUGAGAUCGAACGGGGGCGAGGAAAUCGUCUCACCUCCAAACUUCGUCGCGCCCGAGGACGGUUUUUUUUCGUCAGCUAACUUGGCUAAGUGUAGGAGUUAAAAUUCCACAUUUGUUCCCAUUCUCCCGGGUGGCAAUAGCCAUACAGCGUCUCAUUACGGAAUUCAGAUGUAUCAUCCGAUAUUUCCUGAUUUCAGUGUGAUGGAGUGAGAAUGGGAUGAGGAAGCGUCGACAGUGACUUCAGCCCUGGAGGCUGAUGCACGCUCUCCAUCGGCCCGCCAGAAUGCACAUAGCAUCGGUUGGCGUCAGUAAGGUCGGCUUCCUGUUUUUACUUGCGCUCGGCGGCCUCCUCUUGUUGCUCAUCCCAGCUCUCCAACACACGGCCCGCCAGUUGGACCUGCCACAGCCCAGACCUCAAGUGAAGACCUCAACUUACACUUUACAGCACACUACUGGGCCUCCCACUGUGUCCGAUUCUAUUGGGGACACAGAAACGGCCACGGGAUUAAAUAUUAGCUCAGAAGGGAUGAAUGGUACCAUAGAGACUGAACCUUUUGAGAACAAUGACGACAAGGAGACAUACUCUGAAAAAAAUUCUGAAGCGCUUUCCUUGCCUGAAGGACAAAGUCGAAUACUUCCUGGACCUGGUUCGCGAGACCCGCUGGAAUUAAAGGACAUUUUUAUUGCAGUUAAAACCACCAGGAAGUACCACAAGUCCAGAGUGGAGCUGCUGAUUCAGACCUGGAUAUCUCAGGCCAAAGAACAGACCUAUUUAUUCUCAGAUGGUGAAGACAAAGAGCUGCAGAUGAGAACAGGUGCAAAUAUUAUUAACACCAACUGCUCAGCGGCUCAUACUCGACAGGCUCUCUGCUGCAAGAUGUCUGUUGAGUAUGACAAAUUCAUUGAGUCUCAAAAGAAGUGGUUUUGUCAUGUGGAUGAUGACAACUAUGUGAUCCUACCUCGCCUGUUACAACUGCUGUCUUCCUACCACCACAGCCAGGAUGUUUAUCUUGGUCGGCCCAGUCUUGAUCACCCCAUAGAAACUGCAGAAAGGGUCAAGGGCAAUGGAAUGGUGUCAGUCAAGUUCUGGUUUGCAACAGGCGGUGCGGGUUUCUGUAUCAGCCGCGGUCUGGCGCUGAAAAUGAGUCCGUGGGCCAGUUUGGGGAAUUUCAUCAGCACGGCAGAGAAGAUCCGCCUCCCGGAUGAUUGCACCAUCGGCUACAUUAUUGAGGCUCUGCUGGAGGUCGCCUUAAUACACACACACCUCUUCCACUCCCACCUGGAAAAUCUCCAAAAGGUGCCCACUGACAGUGUGUUGGAACAGGUGACGCUGAGCUAUGGAGACUAUGAGAAUCGACUGAAUGUGGUCAGCAUUGUCGGAGGCUUUUCACUGUUUGAAGAUCCAACAAGGUUUAAGACGGUACACUGCCUACUCUAUCCGGAUACUGACUGGUGUCCAAAGCCUAAACCUCAUCGUGGAAAGUGACUUCCGCUCGACCUUUUUCCGGCAGCUCUAAAUUAAAGUGCUACCCCCGUUAUGCUGAGCACAAGCGACCUUGAGUUGGGACUUUCUCACAACUGAUGCUUUAAUUCAAGCCAUGCUCGACCUACCUCAUGAGAGUUUGAAAUGAUUCAUUCGCCAAAAGUCAUCCUGAAUACAGUGCCAAGCCUUUCAGAGCCAGAAUAACAGAAAUGAAUCAGAAGUGGUUCGUGGUGUCUAGAGUAUAUGAAGAUCCUUCUGGAACCCAAUGUCAAAUUACGCACAUUUUCUGCUGUGAUGCUCAAGUGAGCUUACUGAAAACUGAAGAAACAAUGACUCGAAUACACAUAACUGAAGUCUUGGAGAAAGGACAUAUGUUGUACCUCUGUGAGGAGAGCAUUUAUGGCUGCCGCUACAAAGGACUCUAAUUCUUUUCGCACUUUCGGUUCCAGUUACAACCCCCAUUUCCAAUGAAGUUGGGACGUUGAAUAAAAGGUAAAUGAAAACCCAAAUACAACUUGGGCACUCAUUUUGAAUUUGAUGCCUGCAGCAUAUCCCCCCCAAAAGCUGGGACAAAGACAGUCAAGGAAUGCUAAAAGAUCACCUGUUUGGACAUGAACAGCUUCACUGGAAAACAGAUGAGUCGUGAUUGGGUAUGAAAGGAGAAUCCCCAAAAGAUCAGUUGGCUUGGUAGUAAACGAGUGAGUACUUGACUGGCCUGCCAGCAGUCCACACCUGUCCACGCAUUGAAAAUGUGUGCGCUUUUUUUAAAUUUCAAUACUGGUUUUGAAGCAACACCCGAUUCCAUAAAACCAAUGUCAUUUUCAGAGAGUGCUCUGGUUAUUUCAGCAAGACAAUGCCAACCCACAUUCUGCACGUAUUACAACAACUCGGCCUGGUAGUAAACCAGUGAGUACUAGACCAGCCUGCCACCAGUCCACACCUGUCCACGUACUGAAAAUAUCUGCGCUUUAUGAAGCGCAAAAAUGCGACAACGUACACCUCAGCCUGUUGAGCAACUGAGGUUGUACAUCAAGAAUAAAAUGGGAAAGAAUUCCAACGACAAAGCGCCAACGAUUCCCGUCGUCAGUUGCCAAAUACUCCCAGCUUUUUUGGAAUAUGUUGCAAGCAUCAAAUUCAAAAUGAGUCAAUUACAUAUUUGCACAAUAGAUUAUAUCAGUUUGAUUCUAGAUUGAAAUGGAUUUGCAAAUCAUUGCAUUCCGUAUUUAUUUACGUUAUACGCAAUGUCCCAACUUCAUUGGAAUUGAGGUUAAUAUGUGUGUACAUAUGAGCAGAUUAACAUGGGGGCGUGGGAGGGUUUAAUGUUCAGAGUUGCAACGUAAAGAAUGUUGUGCUUGGUGUAUUUACUGUUGUGUGCUACGAAGAAUCAUCACAAAGGCAUUGUGUACAUAAUCAAGAACCAAAGUUAAUCGCUAAAGUAAUUUUCAGCAGUUAGACAACACAAAAACAAAUCACAUUCAAAUGAGCCUCAUUAUAUUUGCAAACACAGUAGCCGCAAUAACGCAAGUGAAGCUGGAUGGGACAUCACACUGACGCAACCAAAUAACAAGCUGUUCAAAGGACAUUUCAAACGCAGAUGGAAAAAGACCAUGAUUGACGUGAACAUUAAUGCGAAAAUGUAUGACUUUUCCUCAAUGCUAUGUUUUGACUGUAAAAAAAAGAUCUUCUACAUCCCUAUUUCCACCAAGCAGGACAUUUUUAUUUCGUUCCUCCCAGUACAUCUUUUGCCUUUAUACUGUUUAACUACAGUGUUUGAAAAUAGUCAUAUUUACAGUAUUUGAAUAAAUUGCUAAAAAGACAUGGGAAUGAAGGAAGAUAACUCAAGAAUGAGACGAUGAAGUACUUUGCAUCGUUUGCAUACAUUGAAUUAAUUUUGGGGUUUUUUUUGUUGUUGUUGUUGUUUGUUUUUUUACACGAUCCAAUGACAGCAAAACGUGCUAAAUUUUGUGUUUUGGUUUGUUUUUAUGUGACACAUCUACAUAAAUGUCCUCCAGUAGUAACUGUGGCAUUUGUGUUACAGAGCCACAUUUAUUGUUUUUGCACGGUGCACGUAUGUCGUCGGAUGAUCUUUUCCAAAGUGAUUCCCCAGCUACGUACGUUAACGGGUUCAAAGUCCAAGUUUGUGUAAAUGUACAUAGUUCUUUUAAAAUGUUAAUGAUAAAUAAUCUGGAUGUUUUCUUUCUUGUUUUCUCUGUACAAUAUUACCUCUUUGUCAAAAAUCCAGUUUGAGAUGAAAGUGAUGGUUUUUGAAGUUAGAAAUUGAAUUAAAGAUCAGCCUUGUCAAAGAUUUAAUAUUUUUUCCAUUAAUGCAAAUUUUCCAAUCAUACCAAUCUGAGUUUAUACAAAUUUAUUGGCCAGGUGAGGACACAUUUGCAUUGUAUAUUAGGUGAUCAGACUUGACAGCUCCGGGAAAUUUGACAUUUCUACUUGUUUAUUUCAGUUGAAUAAUUUUUCACUAGUUCUUUGUAUACAAGCCUAGAAUAGCAAAUUCAAACGUGUCACUGCAGGUCAGCGCGUGGGACUGUGAUGUGAAGUCUUGUCAUUGAUGCAGUGUUUUUUUUAAUUUAAAAAAAAAGUG